AUGGGCUCGAUUGCCUCUGUUCUACAAUGGUUUUGUGAUAAUUGUUCAUACAUAAAUCCGACAGAACGAUUACAUUGUGAGAGAUGCGGAGUUAUUCGAAAGAAAAAAUCUUUUCAAGAUUUCACACAUAAUAGAACAGAAUCGAAAAAUAAGUUUAAUAAUUGCUUUUUAAAAAAUUUUUCUUACUUAGAUAAAAAGUCAAAUUUUUUGAAAAGAUCUGCCAGUAUUAAUACAAUAAGUCGUUGUUGGAGUUGCGAAUAUUGCGGAUUGUUCAACUCAACCGUUAGCUCGUGCUGUAUUGGAUGCGGUUUUAAUAUAAAAGAAAAUUUAAAUGUUAAGUUAGAAAAAAAAGCUAGGUUAUCUACAGGAAUGGAUCAAUUCUCAUCAAAUUGGUUACAAGAAGUUACAACGAAUUCGUCAAAUUCAUCAAAUUCAGUUACGUCAAAUAAAAGUAGUAGUACAGUAGGAAAUUUAAACUCUUCAAUUAAUAGAAAAGAUAAUUCAUUUUCAAACAAUCAUUCACCUAAAAGGCAAAGCCCUUCCAUGUAUGAGAGAGUUAAAAAUAAAGUCAGUCGUUCUCUUUCGAAUGGAAGUGUUGUACAUAAACUUCUUUUGGAAAAUUCAGCCAAAUCUUCUUUGUUUAAACGCCCAACAAGCUUGCUUGUGGAUUCAUCAGUGGAUCAUCAGCAAAUGCAAACGGAUAUAAAUAAAAAUGACAGCGAAUUAAAUAGUUCUAGAUUGUUUUGUUCUUCUAAUCAUAAAAAUCAAACAAAAAUAUCAUCGGAUAUAAAUAAAUGGAUAUGUUCUAGAUGUACAUUGGAAAACUUUAGUGAUGCAGAUCGAUGCGAAGUUUGUGAAACUCCAAAAAAAAUUUCCGACACUGAAAGAAUUUAUUCUAAAAGUAAUGUUGUUAUAACAGUACCAGAAUGGGACAAUGCUGAUGCAGAUCCUCUUAAAAACAAUGGUACAAUUAAGACACCUUUGACAGAUUCCACAAUAAAAACGAAUACUCAAUUUAUAAGAUCUCUCAAUCAAGAAAAUAAUAUGAAUUUAGAAUCUCACGGCCUUUACAGCUUGCCAACAUUUAGAAGGUGUUAUUCAGAAGUGAACACUCCAAAUUCUGAUGCAACACAAAACAACAAAUUAUCAAACAAUAGAAAAAGUUUGAUUGAAACAGAUACUCAAAACAAUCUUUUAUAUUCUGCUUCUAACAAUACUGUAAAUAUUAAUAAUUCGCAUUCAAGUCCCUGCAAUCCGAAAUCAAAAGAAUUUAAAUACUCAUACAUAGGUAUUACAGAACCUUUCACGAAUGUGUCAAAUGAAAGUGAUACCUCACUUCUCGGUUAUAACAACAGAUCAUUACCAAUUGAUAACGAAUUAAAAAAUACUGAUUCGGUGAAAGAGAGAAAAUUGUUUGUUUCAUACGAUGAAUUAAAUUCUGAGAAAAACUCUGUGGAUCAGCCAUUAUUGCCAUCGGUAAAAUGUUCUGAGUUGCCAUCAUACAAUCAAAAUUAUAGUGAUCAAAAAUCUGUAAAAAUACCAUUAAGAACUACAGAAUCAAUUCCAGAAAUAUCUGUCAUGAAUUCAAAAUCAAAUGUUUGCGAUAAAAAAUCAAUAAUGUCAACUCAUGAUGGGAACAAAUGGGAACCCCCUGAAAAAAAUUCUGAAAUUAUUUGUAAAGGAAUUGGAAAAAAUGUAAAUAAUGUGCAUAAUAAAUCUUCAAAUAUAAUUAUUGAUUUAACAGAUGUGAGAAACAAUUCAAAAGUUUCUAAUUAUGAAGAAUUAUGGCCUACAAGUGACAAAGCUCUGGACAAACAAAAGAACACCAAAAAUGUAUCUCAUUUUGAAGAUUCUUCGCAAUUAAGAAGUUUAUCCGAUGAAUUAGUACGUGAAAAUAAAAAUGAUACCAAUCAUCAAGAUUCUUGUGAAAUUACUAAAGUAAAUCAAUUGGAAAGAAUGUGGACUUGUACCAAGUGCUCCUAUGCAUAUAAUCCUCUUUGGACGAAUUCUUGUGAUAUUUGUAAUUUAACUCGAUCUCCUCCCUCUUUAACCGAACCUGGUUUAAUAACAGUAACAAAAGACAGUGUUAUAUAUACACCUGUAAGAAAUAAUAGCUCUUGUUACGAUAAUUUAAUUAGAAGAGACAAAAUGGAAAACAAUUUUAAUUUACCACCUACGUUAAGUCUAUCGACGAUUGUUUCAUCGAGGCAAGAAAAAAAUCUUCAAUCAUUCAAUCAACGGACGGAUAAUGGAAGUAGCGUAUUCAUCACCAAUGACAACAAUGAUCAUUUAGAAAAAUGGAUUUGUAGAAAGUGCACACUGGAAAAUGAAGGACGUUGCACCGUUUGCCUGGCCUGUGGUGGUUCCAAACUUAAAAGUUUAUCAACCGAAGAAGAAUCAACUUUAAGAAAGGGUGAAUUUUGGUCAUGUCCUCAGUGUACAUUAAAAAAUCGAAAUUGUAAUUUGGUUUGUCUCGCUUGCAAAGCAAAUAAAAAUGUACUUGGAAUUGUCAAAAAUACAUCUCGAAGUACUUCUCCUCGUCCUCGUGAAAAUCAUUCAUCAAAACUUCAAAAGCAACACAUGUCUGGAGCUAUUCCAAAACAGAGAAAUCCAUUACCUGGUCACAGGAGAAUAACAUUGAUGUCCAAAAAUCAAUCUCAAAACAAACCGAAAAUUUCUGUCAAAGAUUCUAAUAAUGAUCAGACCGUUUUGACUAGUCCGAUAAUAAAAAUAAAUGACGAAGAUGUUACACGUUUUUCUUGGCAUUGCGUUUCUUGUACCUACGAAAACUUUGGGUCAUCAGACGUGUGCGAUAUGUGUUACAGAUCAAGAAAUUGUUUAAAUUCUUUAGAAGAAUCUAGAUCUAUUUUAAUGACCACAACCAUUCAAGAUCGAAUUGUUGCUAAUGAUGACCUUUUAAUGACUGAUUUUAGACGAGAAAGUGAAUUAAUGGAAGAUCUUAGACAUGGAGAAGAGGUUCAAGCAUUGGAAAAAUGGAAAAAAAUUAUUAAUUUUUGCAAGGAGACUCGUGGACUGUACGUCGAUGAUUCUUUUCCACCGACUCCGAAAUCUCUGUAUUACAAUCCUGCGGAUACCAAAGAUAAUCACGUGGUUCAAUGGUUGAGACCACACCAAAUCGCAUUGGAAGAAGAUUGUAAUUUAAAUUGGAUGGUAUUUCGAACUCCAAAGCCUAGUGAUAUUUCUCAAGGUAUUUUAGGAAAUUGUUGGCUAUUAAGUGCUUUGGCAGUUCUCGCCGAAAGAGAUGAUUUAGUUCAAAAAAUAAUGGUAACCAGAGACUUUUGCCGCGAAGGUGCUUAUCAAGUUCGAUUGUGUAAAGAUGGAAAAUGGUUGACAAUUUUGGUGGACGACUUGUUACCUUGCGAUAAAAGGGGUCAUUUAGUAUAUUCUCAGGCUAAACGUAAACAACUGUGGGUACCACUGAUUGAAAAAGCCGUCGCUAAAAUUCACGGUUGUUACGAAGCAUUAGUUUCUGGUAGAGCAAUCGAAGGAUUGGCCACGUUAACUGGAGCUCCUUGCGAAAGCAUUCCUCUUCAACCGUCAUCUCCUCCAUCUGAAUACGAUUUAGAUAAAGACUUGGUCUGGGUGCAAUUGCUUUCGUCAAGAGAUGCCGGGUUCUUAAUGGGAGCUUCUUGCGGAGGAGGAAAUAUGAAAGUCGAUGAAGAAGAAUAUCAGAAAAAGGGUUUAAGGCCGAGGCACGCUUAUUCUGUUCUUGAUGUGGUUGAUGUCGAAGGUGUGCGACUUUUAAAAUUGAGGAAUCCGUGGGGUCAUUAUUCAUGGAAAGGAGAUUGGUCGGACAAUUCUCCGCAAUGGACACCUUUCUUAAAGAAACAACUUAUGCCACACGGAGCUUCCGACGGAAUGUUUUGGAUUUCUUUCGAGGAUGUAUUAAGGUACUUUGAUUGUAUCGACAUUUGUAAAGUUCGUAGCGGAUGGAGCGAAGUAAGACUUCAUGGAACUUUGCCUCCAAUGUCUUCAUUAAAACACUUGUCGUGCGUGCGUCUUGCCGUACUAGAGCCGACAGAAGUCGAAUUUACUUUAUUUCAGGAGGGGCAAAGAAAUUCGGAAAAAUCUCAAAGAUCGCAAUUAGAUUUAUGCGUAGUGGUAUUUAGAGCAAGAUCUUCUUCAACUGUUAUUGGACCUUUGGUGGAGCACAGUAAGCGCCAAGUGCGAGGAUUUGUCGGGUGUUAUAAAAUGUUGGAGCCGGAACAUUAUAUUCUCGUUUGUUUAGCUUUUAAUCAUUGGCACACGGGAAUUGACGAUGCGGCCAAUUAUCCGGAAUACGUUUUAGCCAUUCACAGCUCCAAAGGUUUAGUCGUGGAACAAAUCGCAGCACCGGAUCACGUUUUGGCCGAUGCCAUUAUUAGCCUCACGCUAACCAAAGGAAAACGUCACGAGGCGCGAGAAGGAAUGACGGCGUAUUACCUUACCAAAGGUUGGGCCGGGUUAGUCGUCGUCGUAGAAAAUCGACACCAAAAUAAAUGGAUACACGUAAAAUGUAAUUGUCAGGAAAGUUUUAACGUGGUUUCCACUCGGGGUGAACUAAUGACGGUUGAUUCAGUGCCUCCCUUGCAUAGACAAGUAAUUAUAGUGUUAACACAAUUAGAAGUUAGUGGAGGGUAUCAAAUAGCACACAGACUCAUUCACAGAUUAGCGCAUUCUAGCGUGUUAAACGAUUGGGGACCUCAAAAUCAAAGUCAUUGUCCCCCCAUUGACAAACAAGUGGAGGGACUUCAUUCGCCUAGGCUUAUAACGUAA